GGAAGAGGACCUUCAAUCAGGAGAACUGAUCACUGCUGUUUCCUUGCUGCAUUGAAAGGGAAAUAAUGCUCCAUUCAACAUUGGCCUUGUCCCUUCUGUUAAUUGCAGUCACUUCUAACCUUGCAAUGGCAAUUAAAAAGGAAAAACGAGCACCUCAGACACUGUCAAGAGGGUGGGGAGAUGAAAUUACCUGGGUACAAACUUAUGAAGAAGGGCUUUAUCAAGCAAAAAAAAGUAACAAGCCACUGAUGGUGAUUCAUCAUUUGGAAGACUGUCAAUACUGCCAAGCGUUGAAGAAAGCUUUUGCAGAAAAUGAAGAAAUACAGGAAAUGGCCCAAAAUAACUUUGUUAUGCUGAAUCUCAUGCAUGAAACCACAGAUAAAAACCUGUCACCUGAUGGACAAUACGUGCCUCGAAUCAUGUUUGUAGACCCAUCUCUCACAGUACGAGCUGAUAUCACAGGAAGAUACUCCAACCGGCUUUACACGUAUGAACCGCAAGACAUACCAUUCUUAAUAGAGAACAUGAAGAAAGCACUACACCUCAUUCAGACUGAACUGUAACCAGCAACAGUGAAAUUACCAUAACUUCUACGAGGUGAAGCUGCACCUCUGUCUCUACUAGAAUUUUGAACUCUUACCAAGCAGUUUGGUAUAUCAGAUUUCUUAAGAACAAUUUG